AUGAAAUCCAUCUGCCAACACCAUGAUACACUAUAUCCUGAUGAAAAUCUAAUAGACUUAUGUCACAAUUCAAACUAUUUCAAGAAAAUUCCUCUCAAAAUUCUGGAACGAUGCUUUAAAGAGCUUGACGACAAAAUUGAAAAAUUAAAUUUCAUCAAAUAUUCACAAAUUCCUGAUAGACCAGCGAGGAAUGCUACAUUAGAAAAACCACAUUUAAACUCUUUUGCCCAUCCGUGUCUACAGGUGUCUCUUUGGUAUAUUUCAGCAAUAUGCUAUGAAUUCGGAGAAAUUGGAUCAAAAAAUCACGUAAAACGUGAAUGCACCGAUGGCACGCAGAUUCCCAAAACACUUGCUGUUCUUGGUGGGCAAAGUUUCCGCCUUGGAAUUCACCUACAAAUUUUAAGCUAUUAUGAAGGAAAGUUCUGUCUGAAUGAAGUGGAUAAUGCGAAUCUUCCACGUGACUUCACAGAGAUGAAUUCACAAUCUCAAGAAAUAAAAGAUUCCAAUGCUAGAAGGUUAAAUGAAUCUGUUAAACAAUGGGGAUCAAGGUUACGAAAUAGAGUUAAAGAAGUAAUUAUGAAGAUUGAAGCAUAUAUUCCAAAAAAAUCUCUAAUAGAGGAAGAGCAAAGAUUUGAGCAAGAAUUUUUUGGUGAAUCCGAAAUUUAUCCUGAAGCUAAUCUAGAUUCUCAAACCCAAGUUUAUCAUAAAGAUAAACUUAUUAAAUCAAAAAAAAUAGUAACUCAACAAACUACAUCAUUAAAUAAUACAGAAUUGCAACCUGUUCAAGAACUGCCUAUUAAUAAAGAGGAUUUCUAG